CUUGUCGCUCGUUGUCUCCACACCACUCUUCAUCCACCCACGUUCCCUCUCCAGCGGUCAUGUCCUCUUCAUACGGCUCUCUCCUGCCGUCCGCGGCAAGGAGUGUCUUGUCAUUAUGCCGACCUCCUCUCCGUCAAGCGCCAAUGGCUCCUUUCCUCGCCGGCUUCCAACAACAGACCCGCGGUUUCAAGAAAGGGAAGAAGGAGAAGAAGGAGAAGGAGGCAGCAAAGAAAGCCCGCAAGGGACCGCGGGAUUUCGUUCAAAAGGAUCUCAAGGAUAUGGAGCAGUUUGCGCUGUGCGACGCGAUGAGGUACAUCCGCGCCUUCGAGGUUGGCCGUGACCCAGCAGUCACCAAGUACGAGAUUCACGUUCGAUUGAAGACGAAGCGCGACGGACCCGUCAUCCGCAACAUGCUCCGAUUCCCGCACUCCGUCCAGACCGAGUCGCGGAUCUGCGUGAUUUGCCCGCCGGGGUCGAGACACGAGAAGGAGGCGCGCGCGGCGGGCGCCGUUCUGGUCGGUGAGCAGGAGGUUUUCGACAAGGUCAAGAACGGACAGCUUGAAUUCGACCGCGUCAUCUGCCACCCGGACAGUUUGGAAGCGCUGAACAAGGCCGCGCUGGGCCGCAUCCUCGGUCCCCGAGGGAUGAUGCCGAGCGCGAAGACGGGCACCGUCGUUGAAGACGUCGCCAACCGCGUCGAGAUGCUGCGUGGCGGUACCGUGUACCGCGAGCGUGAUGCGGUUAUCCGACUUCCCAUCGGCCAGCUGCGCUUCUCGCCCGAGGAGUUGCGCGACAACCUGCGUGCCACCCUCAACCAGAUUAAGAAGGACGCCGCUGGUCUGAACGACCGUAUCACGAAGGAGAUCUACGAAGUGGUGCUGAGUUCCACCCAUGGGCCUGGUUUCAGCUUGACCGGAGAGUUCUCGAGCGACAAUUCCCCCGACACCGCCUUAUUGCGCGGGAUGUAAAUUAAAUUAGCCAUUGACUUGUUUUGGGUGUACAGAUUAUGUUUCAAUAGGAAGGAGCUGGUGUAUAAUGGGAAUUCAUUCAAAU